AUGGGAAAUGUUCCCCUCAUCCAAAGCAAGGCAAGGAGAGUCAGUCCUUCCAAAACAUUUAACGUGUCAAUACUCACAGCCAUCGAGCCCAGUAACAGACACAGAAGACUCCGGACCACCAACGACGACCAUAUAUAUUGUAUGCAUUGUAUCAAACGACGAUUAAUUCUCUGCGGGAGUUCGAUACGCAUCAACCAGCGAUCAGUCUACGACCUAGUCGACACUCGGCCACCAAGAGUUGUAUCAACCGAUGAUCGGUCUACGAGUUUGUCGCUCCACGACUAA